CUCCGUCUGUAUAAAGAGAUGAGCUGAGGAAGAGGGAACAGACCGAGUGCGACACUGUCUCUGUUAGCGCGCAGCUCACACACACACAUUCUGCAACACAGAUAACCAGCAGAGAGAAGGAACUGGUUAACGUAGCCUCCUGCCUUUGCUUUACGGAUGUUUUAAUCUAAAUGGAUGAACAGGGCGAAGGGGAACAUGUGCUUUCGGGUCUAGAUGAGGAGGCAUUAGUCGACCAUGGAAAGACCAGCUUCACCACUCACACAGACUACGAAAAGGAAGACUUGGAAAGCCACAGAGCAGUAUAUGUAGGCGUUCACGUUCCUCUAGGACGGGAGAGCAAACGCAGGCAUCGCCACAGAGGACACAGACAUCACAGGAAGAAGAAAGAGAGAGACUCUGAAGAGGGGAAGGAAGAUGGCAGGGAAUCCCCCACUUAUGACACGCCGUCCCAGAGGGUCCAGUUCAUCUUGGGUACAGAGGAUGACGACCUCGAGCACGUCCCCCACGACCUCUUCACCGAGCUGGACGAGCUCUCCUUCAGAGAUGGCAGUGCCACUGAGUGGAAAGAGACAGCCAGAUGGCUGAAAUUUGAAGAGGAUGUGGAAGAUGGUGGGGAGAGGUGGAGUAAACCCUACGUGGCCACGUUGUCACUACACAGCUUGUUUGAGCUGCGUAGCUGCAUACUAAACGGCACAGUCAUGCUGGAUAUGAGGGCCAACAGUAUCGAGGAGAUUGCUGAUAUGCUGAUAGACAGCAUGGUGGCAUCAGGUCAGCUGAAGGAGGACUUGCGUGCCAAGGUGCGGGAGGCGAUGCUGAAGAAACACCACCAUCAGAAUGAGAGAAAGCUCAGCAAUCGCAUCCCUCUGGUGCGCUCCAUUGCUGACAUAGGCAAGAAACAUUCUGAACCACUGUUGCUUGAAAGAAAUGGAGAGGGCCUGUCCUCUUCGCGUCUCUCUCUCCACAAGCCAGGGGCAGCCUCCUCUGUCUCCAACCUGUCACAGAGACGAGAGUCCAGAGUCUCCGUCCUGCUCAACCACCUCCUGCCCUCUUCCUCUUCCAACACGGGGCUGUCAACAGGCCCCUCUCCCCUCAGUACUCCUCAAAAUACCCCUUCCUCUUUUCGACGGUCGAGCCCGCCCCAAACCCAUGGCGCGGGCCCCGGCCCCCAAGGCAUCCCCGAGGUGGUGGUGUCUCCCCCCGAGGACGACGACCCGGCCAACUCCGCAGGAGAAGAGGCAGUGUCGCCGCAGCUCAGCCGGCGAGCGUCCUCGGCGUCACAGAACCUUGAGCUGCUGCCCUUAGAAGGACCAAUGGUGUCUCCCAACUCCCUCCCCAACAAUCUGGAUGGCAACAAAGCAGUGGAGAGGAGGCCAUCUAAAGUAGGGGUCAGUAGAGAAGGCAGCAAUGUCGACUUCAGCAAGGUGGACAUGAAUUUCAUGAAAAAGAUUCCCCCCGGUGCUGAAGCUUCCAAUGUGCUGGUGGGAGAAGUGGACUUCCUGGAGAAGCCCAUAAUUGCGUUCGUGCGACUGUCGCCUGCGGUCCUUAUCACAGGCCUCACUGAGGUGCCUGUGCCCACAAGGUUUCUUUUCCUGCUUUUGGGUCCUCAUGGUAAAGGGCCUCAGUACCAUGAAAUAGGCAGAUCUAUGGCCACACUAAUGACAGAUGAGAUUUUCCAUGACGUGGCAUACAAGGCCAAAGAUCGAACUGACCUGCUCUCUGGAAUAGACGAGUUCCUGGAUCAGGUGACUGUCCUACCUCCGGGCGAGUGGGACCCCACAAUCCGAAUCGAGCCCCCAAAGAAUGUCCCAUCUCAGAUGAAGAGAAAGAGACCAUCCCAGCCCAAUGGCACUGCAUCCCCGGCUGGAGAGCUGGAAAAAGAGGAGGACCACAAUGCAGGACCCGAGCUGCAGAGGACUGGGAGGAUUUUUGGAGGAUUGAUUCUGGAUAUCAAGAGGAAGGCACCCUUCUACUGGAGCGACAUCAGGGACUCUCUCAGUCUGCAGUGUCUUGCCUCCGUCCUCUUCCUGUACUGCGCCUGCAUGUCCCCCGUCAUCACAUUCGGAGGUCUGCUCGGGGAGGCGACCAAAGGCAACAUAAGUGCCAUAGAGUCACUAUUUGGGGCUUCACUGACAGGAGUGGCAUACUCCCUCUUCGCAGGCCAGCCCCUCACUAUUCUUGGCAGCACGGGGCCUGUUUUAGUGUUCGAGAAGAUCCUCUUCAAGUUCUGCGUUGACUUUGACCUUUCCUACCUGUCGCUGCGGACCAGCAUCGGCCUGUGGACGGCCUUCCUGUGUAUCGUCCUGGUGGCCACGGAUGCGAGCUCGCUGGUUUGCUACAUCACCCGCUUCACAGAAGAGGCCUUCGCGGCGCUCAUCUGCAUCAUCUUCAUCUACGAGGCUCUAGAGAAGCUCUUUCACCUGGGAGAACACUACCCUGUGAACAUGCACAACAGCCUGGACAACCUGACCAUGUAUUCGUGUCAAUGUUCUCCACCUGCCAAUGUCACGGACAAGAUCAUGGAGAAGUGGAACCGGACGGGAUACAGCCCAGACUCUAUUUCAUGGAGCAGCCUCAACGUUUCGACGUGCAAAUUGCUCCACGGGGAGUUUGUGGGUCCUGCGUGUGGUCACCACGGGCCCUAUAUCCCAGAUGUCCUUUUUUGGUCCAUUAUCCUCUUCUUCACUACCUUCUUUUUGUCCGCAUUCCUCAAGCAAUUUAAGACCGAAAGAUACUUCCCCACCAAGGUGCGUUCCACCAUCAGCGACUUUGCUGUGUUUAUAACCAUCAUGGUCAUGGUGCUGGUGGACUAUCUCAUGGGAAUCCCCUCUCCUAAACUGAAUGUUCCUGACCGCUUUGAGCCGACAUCAAAGAACAGAGGCUGGCUGAUGGACCCGUUAGGAGGGAAUCCCUGGUGGACGCUGCUGGUGGCGGCACUUCCCGCCCUUCUCUGCACCAUCCUCAUCUUUAUGGACCAGCAGAUCACUGCAGUCAUCAUCAACCGCAAAGAGCACAAGCUGAAGAAAGGCUGUGGCUAUCACCUGGACCUGCUGAUAGUGGCGGUGAUGCUGGGUGUGUGCUCCAUCAUGGGUUUGCCUUGGUUCGUGGCAGCGACCGUCCUCUCCAUCUCCCACGUCAACAGCCUGAAGGUGGAGUCGGGGUGCUCCGCGCCAGGAGAACAGCCGAAGUUUCUGGGCAUUCGAGAGCAGCGGGUCACUGGGUUCAUGAUCUUCGUCCUCAUGGGUUGUUCUGUUUUCAUGACAUCAGCGCUCAAGUUCAUCCCUAUGCCCGUCCUGUAUGGAGUCUUCCUCUACAUGGGUGUCUCCUCCCUCAAGGGCAUUCAAUUCUUUGACAGGAUCAAACUGUUUGGCAUGCCGGCCAAGCACCAGCCGGAUCUGAUCUACCUGCGGUACGUGCCGCUGUGGAAGGUCCACAUCUUCACCCUGGUUCAGCUCACCUGUUUGGUUCUGCUGUGGGUAAUCAAGGCCUCGGCAGCUGCUGUGGUGUUUCCCAUGAUGGUUCUUGCUCUGGUCUUUGUGCGGAAGCUUCUAGACCUUUUCUUUACCAAGAGAGAGCUGAGCUGGCUGGAUGACUUGAUGCCGGAAAGCAAAAAGAAGAAAGAGGAUGACAAGAAAAAGAAAGCGCGUGAAAAACUGGAGGCAGCGUCCAGGCUGCAUGAGGAAGAGGAGAUUGCACUAAAGGUCGACUUUGAAGACUCAAACCGGCUCAGCAUCCCUGUGAAAGCGCUCUCAGGGCGUUCUGAAUCUGACCCCUUGGUUGUAAAUAUCUCUGAUGAAAUGGCCAAAACCGCAGUGUGGAAAGCAGUGAACUCGAGUGCAGAGUCUUGUGUCCAACCUGUGAAGAGUAGUGGAAGCCAGGAGAAGGUGGCCUGCGUUAGGGUAGACGUCAGCCCGGACACGCCUGGGGAAGACCCGGCCGCCGAGACCUUCCUGUGAUGGAGAGGAGGAGCCUCCUCCCCUCCCGAUAACCCUCCUCCCUCACAACACUCGACGGGCACCACCUUAGCUGCGAAAAAGGGGACACGGAAUGGAGCGGCACGGCCUGUCUGCACAGCUACAAAAUUUUCAGGGCAGUGGGCGAGCUCCCCCUGAAGGACGCCAGUCCUGAAGUCCCACAUACACACACGGUCGCCGAGACGCGCCGUGGAGCAUCCACCUCCACACAAUGAAGGAAUUCUGCUCUUACUGCCCACCAACACCUACUGUUUAGCAAAUCUCUUAAGUCUAGUAAUUUCUUUCCCGCCCGAUAUAUAAACCACUGAUGCCAAAGGAAGGGGCCUCGCUGAUGGGGAUGUUGGAUGACACGAAAUGAACUUUUUUUUCUUUUUUUAACCCGUUGUGUAUUUUAAUUUCAGUUUUUAAAUGGUCGGUACCGUUCUUGGUUUAAACGCCAUGGGUUUCCAUGUAUUUAAGGUCAAAUUAAGACCUUCCACUAAAAGAAGAAACUACACCAGCUUCAUUUGAUUAAAGCCAUUCAGGUACUGUCAGGUGAUUCUAUUUAAUCCAGCACAGUCGAAGACAAACCAAAACAUUCGUAUAGAUACUACUGCACCACACUACCAUUACUACUGGAUUUGUUUAUCUCUCUUGUCUCCAGGGGAACACUCAGUAUUUAAAUUGCUGCUCUGAGUUUGUUUUUCACUGUUCAUAGCGUAUGUGUUCUUAAACUGUCUUCUGGGCUCUUUUCAUUUUUAAUAUAGUUAAGAAAAAACCUUCUUCAGAGGCCAUAUGAAGUCUGUACUGUACAGAAAGCACUUUGCCAGUAUAGUUUCUUACCUAAAACGGAUUAUAGCUUGUUAAUAAAAACGGUUUCCUCUCUUCCCACAGUGUUGAUAGAGCUGUCGUUCAAAUUGUUGUCGUUCAAACAACUCAGGAAUCUUGAGUGAUUUCUGACUGUGGUCACUUGAUUUUUUUGUGUGUUUUGUUUUUUUGGUUAUUUUUUUGUCUCAAGGCAGCGAUAAUUACCUGUCCGCUGUAUUCCUUUCAUCGCUGGCAUAUUUUAAUAAAUCAUAAAAUAUAGUGAGGUGCAAAAGAAAACAGAGAAUAUUUGUGACCCCAGUUAGACGCACCUAUUUUAUACUGUCUGUAUUAUUGUUAAUAACAUUGUGUGUGCGUGUGUGUGGUAUAAAGAUAAUUUGUUCAGCAAAUCAUUUUAUGCAAAAUAUUUCUACUGUAUAUGUAAAAGAACUAUUAUAUUCAAGGAGUUUGUUCUUAUUUUGCUACGUGCGGUCCUGUUUUAGCAAUAAGUGUCCCGUACGCUGCGACGUACGGACUCCUGGCAAGGAAUAAUUUGUGAAACGAUGUCUGUGUCUGUUUCAUUCGCUCCCGUCUGUGUGUAGCUACAGUGACAAUACGGACAAUAGCUUACGUGCCUUGUCGAAGCUCUUUAUGUGCACGUCUCGUACUGAUUUAAUUUAAAUGUCGGGGGAACAGGUGUGCAGGCGCGCGCGAACGCCAAACGCGGACCGAGCAGCCGGUUGCGCGGCUCCUUUUCGGAGGCUCGUGUCUGUCGUAGUGUUAAUCCGCGUAGCCUGACCCGCAGACUUCUCUUCCAUUUACAAAUGUAACUCUAAAUACUCCCUGUGCGUGCGUGUGUGUGUGUGUGUGUUCUGCUGUCACAGCUCUAGUAUUUGAUGACAACAUAACAUCUCUGUAAUCAAUAUUGAGGUACUUUUCCUUUUUUUUUUAAAAAAAAAAUGAGCGGUGUGUGUCAAAUUAUCGUGCUGUCAACAUCAAAAAAAAUGGAAUUAAUUUAUUAGUAAAGCAAUGUGGUUAUGUCCUGCACACAUGGUGAAUCAAUAUUGACAUUUAAAUGUGAGUUACCAGUCGAGUCAUCACAGUGAAGUGAACCUCCGAAUGUUCGUCUUGAUUAUAAAGACUCUAUUUUACACGUCGUCGGCCUCACUUAAGACCUUGUCAUCGCACCAACGCCACUUGGUAACAAAUUGCAUUCGUUUCUGAUGCACGGACGACAUCAGUGAAGCACAUGGCAUCCUGUUGUUAGCUUGAAUGAUGACUUCUCUGUCAUGACCGAUCGUUGCAAAGCAAUAAAAGUGAAUACAUGGUGAUGAA